AUGCCGAGACAAGAAAGCAUCCUCCGCGCCAACUCCAAGCCGUACAACGCCCAUCACUCUGGAGCGAAGAAACGCGUGGUGUUCGCCGCCGAGCCAAAGGCCGAAGACAAACUUGAACUUGCCCAGUCCGAGUUUGAAGAGCUGCUCAAAGCCCUGAGAAAGCUUGACGCACUCGAGUUGUGGUACUGGUGGCGCCAAAGAUUCUAUCGCGACUGUGAGUAUGACACGCUACUCGCCUUCCUCAAGCAUCGCAAGCAUGGCGUUGGCCGAUUCAGGAAGUAUGGAGGGCAGAUAAUGAGGGCAUUGGCAUGGAUUCAGGCGGAGAUUGAUUGUGGUGUGAUGGAAGGUCCUGUUGACGGACAACAACUUUAUGUGGGGAACGUCGACGAGGAUGCGCUUGUUGCUGCACUCAAGGUCUGUCGGCGACAACGGCGACCUAGAGCUCAGGUGGACCCACAAGCGCCUAACUUUUCCUCCCACGCCCAGCAGCAGGACGAAUCGAUGUUUAAGACAUCUUCGUCUAAACCUACCUCAGGCAUCAAACUUCGGCUCCCUUCGCUUGCCGCAAGGCAACGAAGUUCGUCCAAGCAUGCAGCGGCAGAUGAAGAACUUGCGGCGAUGUUUAAUGUAUUGAGUGUGGCCCAGACACCAUCAAAUCGUCCUCAACCUCAGCCCACCGUUGGUAAACAAUCGGAGAUCGCCGACCACCGGGAUGAAGCGCAACUUCUACUCGAAGACAUCUUCGACUCAUUCACUAUGACGGAGAACAACUCGGUGCCAUCAGCACCAAGACUCGCUCCCAUUUCCCUCCCAUUGUCAGACUUCGACAGCGUACCUAUUCACAGACCACCGCCCGCAGCGGUCGUCGUUCCAACUAUUCCUCCUUCCACUGCUCCAAUCCCCAUUGUCAUCACCAGAGUCGAACCUGUGCCCGUCGCAAGUUCAAGUCAAACCAAAGCCGCAUCGCCACCGCCCCCUUAUACGAUGGCACACCCAGCAAAGUCACCUCCGACUAAUGGAAUCGCGGAGACACCCGUAAAAUCACACUUACACUCGGCUUCAACUGGGAAGGGCAAAGAAAUCCCUGCUCAGGCUGUGGACACGGAGACAUACUCGCCUUUGAACCCUGACUUGGGAUUGAAUCGAGCUUCUCAGUGGACGAUUUCGCCUUCCAUCCCAAUUGUGCACCAAUCGCAACUGACUCGUGAUGUUAGUAUGCCCGAGAUAUCGGCAACUUCUUGGCCGACCCAGCAAGUGCCAUCGAUACCACCAGUGGAACAACCUUCCCCGUUUCAACCACCGCCCACUAGUGUUGAUACCACAAUGACCCCUGUUCCUGCAUUGCUUCCGACGCCAACACCCAACCCCAUCUAUCCUGUCCCUGUCUUCCCCGCUCCCCAACCUCCUUCGAUAAACCUUGCGCCGCCGUUCUCCUUCCCUAUCAUGUCCUCUCCUGAUCUGACACCCGCUCUACAAAUACCGGCUUGGCCGCCUGUGGUUGCGUCACAACUUUACUCUCGGCCUGUUAACCUGUACCCAGUAGAAACGCUUUCCAAACCAAGUUUGCUCUACGGACCCAACGGGCUCCAACUGGGCCUAGGGGACGGUUCGAGCUCCGCAUCCGGUUUUGUCAAGCCUGUCCCACCGUACUCGGUUGGCUGCAGCCCUGGUUGCAGCCACCGUCGCAAACCAAAGGCUCGAGUACACCCAUAUAAUCGCGAGCAAGAGCUGGCAAAACAAGAGUCAGAAACCCAGGCGCUGUUGGAGAUGCAGAGUAUUGGGCGGAAAGUUGGUAUCUGGAGUUGUGUUUCAAGUGCUUUGGGCGAGCGACGGAGGAUGCGGACAGGCAGCGGUAACACCAACUCGGAGUCAUCUGGAUCUCAGUUGUCGUCGCCGGCCUCGUCUAUCUCGUCCUUGCCAUCGGUUUCCUCGUCUCCCUCUGUCUCUUCUCGCCAGCAAGCGCGCCAUGAGGCAAGGCCCCAUCCAUAUACCCGUCAGUCGACCUCGCCAUCACCACGACAUCUGAGUUCGAUAGCCUCGCCCCCAUUUGGUUUCACGUCUAUCCUGGGUCUAUUCCAGCGCUUGGGCUCUCGGUGA